GACAAGGGGCCGAAGGCGCGCAGGGCCCGAGGCCGAGAGGGCUCUGAAGGCCGUGAGGCUGCUCCGCUCCCGCCCCGCUGAUGCCCGAGGGAGCCGAGCCAUGAAGGGGCAGCAAAAAGCAGCUGAGACCGAGGAGGGGACGGUGCAGAUCCAGGAAGGCUCGGUGGCCACGGGCGAGGACCCCACGAGCGUGGCCAUCGCCAGCAUCCAAUCGGCCGCCACCUUCCCCGACCCCGGCGUCAAGUAUGUGUUCAGGACCGAGGGCGGCGGCACGCAGGUGAUGUACCGGGUGAUCCAGGUGGCUGACGGGCAGCUGGACGCGCAGACCGAGGGCACCAGCGCCAUCAGCGGCUACCCGGCCACGCAGUCCAUGACACAGGCGGUGAUCCAGGGCGCGUUCACGAGCGAGGAGCAGGUGGACUCGGAGGCGGCUCCCAGCGAGACUCACUACACCUACUUCCCCGCGGCAGGUGUGGCCGACGGCGCCGCCGCCACCGCCGCCCCCGCCGCCACCGCCGUGGUGACCACGCAGAGCUCCGAGGCGCUGCUGGGACAGCCCACGCCCACAGGGCAGUUUUUUGUGAUGAUGUCACCACAGGAGGUGCUCCCGGGGGGGGCCCAGCGCUCCAUCGCCCCCCGAGCACACCCCUACUCCCCGAAGUCGGAGGCUCCUCGAGCCACGCGGGACGAGAAGCGCCGGGCACAGCACAACGAAGUGGAGCGCCGGCGCCGGGACAAGAUCAACAACUGGAUCGUGCAGCUGUCCAAGAUCAUCCCUGACUGCUCCAUGGAGAACACCAAAUCCGGACAGAGCAAGGGCGGGAUCCUGUCCAAGGCCUGCGACUACAUCCAGGAGCUGCGGCAGAGCAACCUGCGGCUGAGCGAGGAGCUGCAGGGCCUGGACCAGCUGCAGAUGGACAACGAGGUGCUGCGCCAGCAGGUGGAGGAGCUGAAGAACAAGAACCUCCUGCUGCGGGCGCAGCUGCGCCAGCACGGGCUGGAGAUCGUCAUCAAAAACGACACCCACUGACCCCAAAAACCCCAAAACUCACCCCAAAAAUCCACCCAACACCCCCCCCGCCCCCCCCCUCCCCUGCACCCCAAAAACCCCCCGGGACCCCUCCCCCACCCCCGCAGCCCCUCCCCCCCCGCGCUCGGUUCUGCCCCUCCCCUCCCCCAAUCAUGUGACCUCGCCCCCUCCCCCAAAUCCCCCCAAAAUCACCCCAAAAGUCGCCCCCCGCACCCCAAAAUUCGCCCCCCACGCUCUCGGCCCGGCGGGCCCCUCCCCCACCCCACCCCCUACCAUUUUGGGACCCCCCCCCCCCCUCCACCCCCUCCUUAAAAUUUGGGGCCCCUCCCCUUCCCCCCCCCCUCCAAAAAUGGGAUUUGGGGUCGCCCCUCCCCCCCCUACCCCGCGGCCCCCGGGGGGGUUUUGGGAUUUUGGGGGGGGGGAGGGGAUUUUGGGGGGGGGGGUUGGGACCCUCACGCCCCCUCCCCCCCCCACCCCCCCCUUUUUGCCCCUCCCCCCUCCCUUUCCCCUCCCCCCUCCCCCCUCCCCCCGCGGGGUUUUGGGAUUUUUUUUUUU